AUCAUCAAAUCACAUCACAAUCAUUACCUUUAGCAGUUACCUAAUACAUGCAAUCCUGAGUAAACAAUAUAUUAUGUGAUGUUAUAUCCUUAACGCAAACAUUCCUCUCCAUUAACCCUUUAUAGCCUGGUUUUCCUGCUGAACCAGUUUGUCCGUUUGUUGUCCACUCUUUUUACCAGCACUGUCCACUUAUUCUCCCAUUUAUUAUUUACUCUGGCCUGGCCAGUGGGGUCAUGUCCAUUGAGAAACAAUUAACUAAUGCACAAUCUCUUCACUCCUCCAGGCAGUGGAGCACUCCUGUGUGAAACUUUACACAGCACAUGUUGUGUAUAUCGACCUCCAACAUUACUGGGGUCCCCCCUCUCAUUCAUACUACUGGUACACUGGGCUCCUGUGUGUGGAUGGCUGGCUGUAUUAUGACCUACAUGUAACAUCAACGGGACUGUAUGGCUUGUCAGAGGAAAUUAAGACCACCAGUUCGAAAUGUUUCAUAGCAAAGAGAUCAGCCGCCAGUUUCAUUUACUUCCGCGUUUGCUUCUGAAUUCCGUGUCUAUAUUAUAGCCGACUGUGAGUGUGUGGAUUCUGUAUCGGCUUGGUGUAUUGGUGUCAGCUUUUGCAUACUUGAGUCCUGAUUGUCAGUCCAAUUUAUUGACCACUUGCGGGGCUAGCCUAUAAGUAAGCAGACGCCUGUGACUGGCGGAUUUCAGUCUACAAGCUUUUAGUUCUGUUGUUGAUGUUUUAAACAUGGAGAUCUAUGUGUUACAUACUCCGCAGUCUGACCUGUGGCUAACUGUUAGUGGUGAAUAAAGGAGGAAAAUAUGCCCCGAAGGAUACGCCUUACUCAUGUGCUGUUGCGUAAGCAUGUCAUGUAAGGACAAGAUUUCUUAGAAAAACAGAUUCAUUAUAUCCUGUGGUUGGUUGUGUGGCUUAUGAUUUGGAGAAAUGAUAGCACAAAACUGUUUUUGUUGUGUUGAUGAAGUUGAGGAUAUUAAAAGAUGCACGUGGUUGGCAACAAGGAAAAUCAAUCACUCGAUUCCCGUAAUAUUAGGAAACCAGUGCAAUACAUCUGUGUGGAUGUGGCAAUCAGUGUACCGAAACUUUGGAUAUAAAUUUGUGGAUAAUUUAUUUACAGGUAAUGUGCAUUCAUGCAUGAACAAGUGUGUUAAAUAUAGAAACCAGUUGCCUAACUGAUUAAAACCUUCAACAGUUAAUGUCGUAAGAACUAAGCAAUGCAAUACUUGUGAUGGAGAUUAAAUAUAAAAAAAAUUAUUGGAAUAUGCAUGCUUAAACAUAAAUUUUGUGAAAUGUUGAAGACCACUUGAAUAUUUGAUUAAAUCUUUCACCAGUUAAUGUUGUAACAAGAGUUCAAUGGAAUACUUAUGAUGGAUAUUAAAUAUAUAUAUUCACAAAAAGUAUUAGGAAUAUGCAAAUCUUACAAUGAGACUUUGUGAUAUGUUGGAUGUUCCAGUUAAAGAACAGACAAAUAAAAACCAGUUAUUUAUUUGAUUAACACAUUCACCAGUUAAUUUCAUAAGAAUUGAUUGAUGGAGUACUUAUGAUUGACAUCAAAUAUGUAUUCAAAGUGCUGGCAAUAUCAUGCAAGGAAUUUAAACAUUUUAAUAUACUGGACGUACCAGUUAGCACAAAGCUGCAUGAAGACCAGUUACAGAACUUAUUAAAACCUGCAGUUAUUGUUGUAACAGUUUGAGUGAACCGUCAAAUACUUAUGAUGGACAUCAGACAUGUAUGAAAUAAAAUUCUAAGAAUAUGCAUGAUUGGGAUUGAACUUUAUCGUAUAUUGGAUGUUCCAGUUACCACAAAUACUGAAGACAAGUUAUAGAACUUCACCUUCACCUUGUAAUAAGUGAUGAACAAAUACCACUUACAAAACCGAUUAAAACCUUCACGUUGUAAUAAAUGAUGAACAAAAUACUUAUAAUGAUGAACAUCAAAUGUGGUAUGAAGUAUCACAGAUCUCGUAAUCAUAACCCAAUCCUUGUUUGCUGCCCUUAUAGACCAGUGUAAAAAAAAACCCAAAAAACCUUCAGGUAAUAAAUGAUGAACAAAAUACGUAUGAUGAUGAUGAACAUCAAAUGUGUUAUGAAGUAUCACAGAUCUCGUAAUCAUAACCCAAUCCUUGCCUACUGCCCUUAUAGCCCAGUGUAAAAAACCCAGCAAAAAACCAAACACCACCACCAUGAGUGACCAAUCCCCGUUUAGGAAGUACAUCAGCAACAUCCUGCACCGGAAGACGAAGAAGAAGGACAAGCUGCAUGACGUGAAGUACGAGGAAUCGGUGAGCCACUCCAUGGAGAACCUUUUGAAUGUCGCGUCCAGCAUCCCGCUGCCGAGUCACGUGGCGUCACACGACGACACCGACGACUUCCAGUCGUCCACGGAGCACCUCUUCUUACCCGCUGUGCGCGAUCGCCAUAGCGAUGAUCAGAGCGAGUCCGAGGACCGGCGGGAGAUCGAGGAAUUUGCCGCAUCCGUUUUACGUUCGGACAUUUCAUCGUCUUCUCCUCCGACCCAAUGCCGACAGUUUUCGGUGGACAGUAGUAGUAGUAAAGCGAACAGGGUGAGACAGUCGAGGAUGUUGUCAUUGGCGGGAAGGUCGGGGAGUCAGAUCAGCGACAAAGAGUCUGAUUUCGACGAUGACAUGAUCGGGUUGCGUGGAGACAGACUCAGUCUGACCAGUGCCCGGACGAAUAGUGGAGUGUUCAACUUGUCGGAAGACGAUAGCGAGUAUUAUACUGUCGGUCGAAGGUUACCGGCGUACAUGUAUAAGGAGCCUGCAGCCCAGCAACGUCUUUGUGCGUACAUGCAGCAUCCUUUCUUCAUGUUGGAUGUUCAUCUGCAUGAAGGUUGUGACCUUGUCAUCAGAGACAGCUGUGGAACCAGUGAUCCGUAUGUGAAAUUCAAAAUAGGUGGAAAACAAGUGUAUCGAAGUCGGACUGUGUAUAAAAACUUGAACCCAAAGUGGGACGAGGCGUUUACGGUGCCUAUCGAGGAUAUAUACAAACCUGUUCAGAUCAAAGUCUACGAUUAUGAUAGAGGCAUGUAUGAUGACCCUAUGGGAUCUGCCGAAAUCGAACUGACAGCUUUAGAACUUGGAAACCCCACGGAAAUGAAAUUACUGCUGAGUGAACGCGGAAAGUCGGACUACAUGGGCUUUCUGAUUAUCACAUGUACACUGCUGCCCAAAUCACAAGAAGACAAAGAUGUUUAUUUCCGUCGCUCAAUUCGUCCGUCAGAUUCGAACAAGAAAAUGAAGAUCCAGGUUUGGAAUAGCGUUGUGACGAUUGUUCUCGUCGAAGGCAACAACCUCGUUCCCAUGGACGACAACGGCUUCAGUGACCCCUACGUCAAGUUCCAGCUGGGGAAGGAGAAAUACAAGAGCAAGUUCAAACCUAAGACCCUGAACCCGAAGUGGACGGAACAGUUUGACCUGCGGAUGUACGAAGAUCAGACGAGUCAGCUGGAAAUCACCGUCUUUGACCACGACACGGCGGGAAAAGAUGAUUUUAUGGGCAGAGCUGUGAUAGACUUAUCUAAACUUUCAAGGGAGAUAACUCAUACGAUAAAAGUGGAUCUGGAAGAUGGCGCUGGCGUCAUCAAACUCCUGCUCACGAUCAGUGGCACGGCGGGAACGGAAACAAUCACCGACCUUGCUAACUACACGCCCAAUCCUAGAGAACGUGAAGAAAUCCUGAGAAAAUAUGGAUUGUUGCAGUCAUUUAAGAGUCUGAAGGAUAUUGGAUGGUUGCAGGUAAAAGUGUUCAAGGCUCAGGGUUUGAAGGCUGCAGACUUCGGCGGUCUCAGUGAUCCGUUCUGUGUGUUGGAACUCGUCAACACUCGCUUACAGACGCAGACAGAAUACAAGACUCUCAACCCAGAUUGGAACAAGGUUUUUACUUUCAAUGUGAAGGACGUCCACAGCAUCCUGGAGGUGACGGUGUAUGAUGAAGACAGGGACAAGAAGGUUGAGUUUCUGGGGAGAGUCAACAUACCAAUCUUACGAGUGCGGAAUGGUGAGAGACGGUGGUAUGCUCUGAAGGACAAAAAACUUCUCCACCGGUCUAAAGGUGCUAUUCUCCUGGAGAUGCAUGUUGUGUUCAACCACAUCAAGGCAGCCAUCAGGACAGUAAAUCCUAGGGAAGAAAAAUAUAUGCAACCUGAUCAGAAGUUCAAGAUUUCAAUAAUGAAGAGAAACAUUGACCGUGUUUCUCAGAUCGUGUCGGCCAUUAUGGAAACUGGUCGGUUCAUACAGAGCUGCUUCAACUGGGAGUCCACACCGAGGAGCAUCACAGCGUUUAUAGUAUUUCUUGUGGCUGUGUGGAACUUUGAGCUGUAUAUGCUUCCCAUCACCAUUCUGAUCAUAUUUUUAAAAAACCUCAUCAUUGCUCAAAUACUUGGUGCUAGGGAGCCUGCUGAAGAUGAAUAUUUCGAUGAUGAUGAAGACGAUGAUGAUGAAGAUAAGGAUAAGAAAAAGGAUGAAAAGAAAAGUUUCAAGGAGCGUCUGCAGUCCAUCCAGGAUGUAUGUCUUACAGUUCAACAGGGCAUGGAUGCUGUAGCAUCUGUUGGAGAAAGAUUUAAAAACACAUUUAAUUGGACGGUGCCUUGGUUAUCCACCCUUGCGGUGGUAACGCUGGCUGUUGGAGCGGUCGUGUUGUACUUCAUUCCUCUCCGGCUGCUCGUUCUAGCCUGGGGUAUCAACAAGUUCACGAAAAAGCUGAGAAAACCGAAUGCAAUUCCAAACAAUGAACUCUUAGAUUUCCUGUCUCGUGUACCUUCUGAUAAUGAACUGAUACAGUAUCGAGAGUUACGACCCGACUUUGGGGCUAUGGGGAUGACGAAGAAGAAACGUGUAUGAUCUCGGCAUCAUGGGAAACGGUGGUAAGAAAAUACGACGGCAUCCUGUGAUUUCCAAGUGUUUGUUUUUAUUCCAGUUAUGUGCCUUUUAGACUUUUUAGUCUGGCUUACCAUUCCACAUUGAUGGGGAACAAUUCUUGUGUGUUUUAAACACCAAAACAAUUUUUAGAAGACUGAGCCACUUUUCCUCAAUUCUGUGAUGUUUUAUUUGCUCAGUUUCAUCACCAUUUCUUGCACAGUUCAUUCUGUUUGAUAUUUCAUGUCAUAUACUUUGUACAUUGUCGAAAACUGUCAUCUGUUUAAAACAAGGUUGAGUUUUGUAGUCUUUGAUGGAUUCGUAAUACAGCAAAACCUGUAUAUAUAAUCAGGCAGUGUCCAUCUGUCAUGUGUUUCAUCCAUGUUCUCUAUUUAAAUGCAAUGCAGUUUUAUAAUUGCAAAUCACCAUUCAAAUAUGCAGAAAUGUUUUGUGCUUAUAUGUUAACAUAUUAAUUGUUAAUAUAAUUUUUACAUGCAGUGAAUCUUGAACAAAUUAUAGUAGAUCUGAGAACAAAAAUUCAACAUUUAAUACUACCUUUUUCAGGGAUAUACUUUAGGGAUUGGGUUAACCCAGAUUUUGGUUGUGCCAUUAUUGAUCUCUUUUUUUUUCUUUCACCAGGGCUUCUAGCUUAUGGUAGCCCCACUCCCAUGGCUAGUGAUAUUCAAUGUUGGGCUAGUAAAUAACUGCUAUUGCCAUGCCCAACA